GAUCCAAAGGUCUCCAGUUACGGAAAGUUGUGGCUCUACUAAAUACACCCUGACGAUAACAUAAGGCUUGUCACGUGUUCUCGUGGUGGCCAUUCCGCUACCAUCGCAGAUUAAGACAUUGGGCGGCUACCAUUGUAGAUUGGAACCUAGAUUGCUACCACCGAAGAUUGGACUUGAGACUGCUACCAAUUAGAGCUAGCUGCUGCCGUGGUAGUCUUCAUUGCUACCUUUUGAGUCCUUAUUAAUCAUCUAGCUACCAUUUUGGAACUUACUGUGUUUCGCUGACAUCUGUGUUGUCCAUAACGCCAAACCUCUUUAAUAGCGACAGUCAUUCAGCUGAACUCAAGCUAGGCAGCAACUCAGUUUUCGACCUACUAGCGCUCUCUUGUGCCCUGAACCUCAAUAUAUUCAGCAUCGCCUGGGAAUGAAAUCACAAAUUAGAAAAUACUAACGGAGAAAAGAAUGGAAUAAAGUCUUCAUUGUGAUCAAACAAAAACUACUACAUAUUAAAAACAAAUAAGGACAACGGGCUUCUGAAUGCCAGCUGUUAGAUUUGUGUGAUCAAAUUAAAUUGGAUUUUACUUGUGAGUGACAUAAGUUCCUUAUCUAUGGACCGUUGACGAAUGCGUUUACCCAUUAGACAAAUAAGAGAGUUAAAGUGGUCACUUCGCUUUGUCACGCUCUGGUUAGAUCUACGUCUCUUGAAAUCAAGUGUCAAGUAUGUUGGACAUAAUGAGGUCUAGUCAUCACGCUUUAACUAUUGGUCAGAUGCCCAAUCCUCAUGUCUCUGCAAAGUUACCUAUGUCCACAAUGUGGUUUAGUAGUACGCCUUCGCCGCCAGACACCAUCAAUCUGAGCCCACCGCCACCACAGUUUUUCCACCCCGGCUUUCAACAUCGUCAUCAGCCCCUUUCUCUGGGGCCUUACGGACACCUCGAACUGCAUCCUCAUUUGGACCCCCAGCCACUUCCUCACCACCCCGUGGCACACUACGGCCACGGUUAUCAACAGAGGCCUUUCAUCUACCACCAUGUCCAGCAGACUCACGUUAUCACAGACCCGCUGCCGGCCGGUCACCCUCACCUUGAACUCCUCCCGGACGGCAGGUCACCGCUGCUGCCACAGGAGCUCGUCUGCUGGAGCGUACCACGUGAGAGUCUGGCGGCUAGGCUGGUGUCGCAGGGCCAGGAGAAUAAAGGCGACCAGCGCCCGGUCGCACACCCUGCCAUAAAGAACCUCAGAGAUUACGAGAACUGCCCCUCACAGGACCCUUCUUUACGAUGCCUGAAAUCUCCGACGCUGAAAGCGCAGAACAGUUCUCAAACUGUUAACUGGGCUUGUGUCGCUCAGAUCAAACGAGAAACUGAGAUACAAAUUAAAGAAGAAUGUCCCGUUCUAAGUCCAGUCCUGCGUCCACUUCAAAGUCCAGUAAUUAAGAAACCACGUUUUGAUUUCGCCAACUUGCCGAGAGAGGUCAGCAAGGAAAACGAAAGUAAAGACGAAAAGUUGGAAGAUAGAUAUGUCAAGGUCGUCAGUCACGUGCUACAUCUUCAUCCAAUCAGUCCUUGUCCUAUCGAUUCAACUGAAAAUCUAAAAAGCAAGAAAAUAUCAAGACAAAGUAACCCUAGAAUCAAGAAACAGUUUAUCUGCAAAUUCUGUUCUCGUGAGUUCACCAAAUCCUACAACUUGCUUAUUCACGAGAGGACGCACACGGACGAAAGGCCGUUCUCUUGUGAGACUUGCGGCAAGGCCUUCAGACGUCAGGACCACUUGAGAGACCACAGGUACAUCCACAGCAAAGAGAAACCCUAUCGGUGUUUAGACUGUGGGAAAGGCUUCUGCCAGGCUCGUACAUUGACCGUACACAAGGCCAUGCACUUACAGCAAACAUCACAGAAGUCACAUAAGCAUCGGACCAAGAAACAAUGCCCUGCUGUGACGUCAUGCCCUGCUGUGACCUCAUCCACGACGUUCUUUUCCAGAUUCUGACAUUUCUGAAACUCAUCAUAUUCACCUCCCUCUUCACCCCUUUUUCUCCUGUAACGAGGGCAUAGAACAUCUUCGACAACCACUAAACCACCACGCCGCGUCGCACAGUACGUGAUACUUUGUGGAUAAAAUUUGCAGUUUCUAAAGAAAAGCGUCACCUGCAGCCAUGUUGCUAAGAUUCUGAUACAUCUCGUGGAAGCUAGGACUCAUUUUUUGUAUUGAUGAACCACCAAAUCUUCCAGGACUGAUUAGACUAAUUCAUCUUGUUGAAAAAAGAUGUCAGCGAAAGGUACAUAACUUAAACAAGAUGUUUCAUUUUGGAGUUUUGACGUCAAGACUUACCCUUCCUUGAUUGUUGUGCUUCUCACAAGCUGACACAGAAACAUGGCCAGUUUUUUUGUGCUCUCCAACGACAAUGCCAAUUUGUAUGAUGUAUCUACGUCAUAAUUCUCAUUAUUUGGCCUUAUCUUUGUGAUACAUGAAAACUCCUGCAUUAGUGAAUUAUUGUACCAUAAAGUCAAAAUAGUUAAAGUGAGUAUUUUACUAUGCAGCUAUUUUCAAACGUGUUAUUAAUUGUAAUAGUUUACAAUGUUGUUGUUUUUUUCUGUAAAUUAUUUGCCUUGACCUCAUUGUUCAUUAUUUUGUGU